GCUAAUAGUAGAGGACUCGCAGGAAGGAAAACAAAACAGUCCGAAACAACAAUGAAUCGUGUUGCUCUCAGCACCUGGACGAAAAGACUGCUGCCUAUCUUAUCUCAAACCAGCAUUCACACGCAGGCUGGGCGGGGGCUGCAGACAGGCCUGAACGCGGUAGCGGCUGUCGAGCAGGUGUGGAGCGGGUUUUACCGCGGUGCUGAAGGUGGGUUCCCCCUGAAGACGUGCGCGGAUCUGCCGAGACGUCUCAGCCACACUGGCGGGACGGAGCUCAGCCAUGUGGAGGACAGAGCAGGUUUUGAAGUAAAGAAGCGGACUGGUCUCUGUCCCGAUUUCAGUAUCGACUUCCUGGUGGCCCUGCUGCGGCAGGAGAACGCCGGGGACAUCUGUGUGAUCAGGGUGCCGGAGGAGAUGAAGUACACCGACUAUUUUGUCGUAGUAAGCGGAUCCUCCACAAGACACCUGCGAGCUAUGGCUUUGUAUGCGAUCAAAGUGUACAAACACGUGAAGCGUAAUGACGACCCCCACAUUCAGAUUGAAGGCAAGGAUGCAGAUGACUGGAUGUGCAUAGAUUUUGGACACAUCGUGGUUCACUUCAUGCUGCCCGAGACGAGGGAGCUUUACGAGCUGGAGAAGCUGUGGACGCUGAGGUCAUACGACGAGCAGUUAGGGGCGAUCCCCCCAGAGACCCUGCCGGAGGAUUUCACCUAUGGAGCGGCAUUCAGCAAUGAACCCUUGCAGUGACAGGAAUGGGCUGAGCCCAUGAGCUGCUGAGAAGGGGCACUGUGUGCAGUAGCCCCAACCCCAAGACAGGAGCCAGCAUUUCUUCACUGGUGCUUGGCUGUGUCAUGAUGGAGACUGCGCUCUGUGCUGUGUUUGGAUUUACCAAAGAUCUGUUUAAAAGCAACACUGUACUACUAAAUGGGAGAUUUGCAGAAUCAUGGCAAAAAUAUUCUGUUUGAAUAACAUUGUAAAGUAGCCUCAUAUGUCAUUUAUAUUUGGUGGUAAUGUGCGCAUUGCUAUUAAAGUGGACACCUCUUUCAAGUCCUGGAGAUAAGUACUGGGGUGUUUUAUGGCAUUGUGGCACUAGUGUUCCCAUCUUACCAUAAAAUGUUUGAUCAGUAGGUAUGAGACAAUAUUAGCUCAGGCUUAUGAAAAGACAAUGAAUAGGGGGAAAUAUUUUAUAUGCAUGUGUAAAACUCCUUUUUGCAUAUUUGUAGACCUGAAACACAAACUGAAUCCUGUUGGUAUUCAAACAUCCAAAUCACAAGGCUUUAUUCCAGAAUACAUUUUAUUAUGCAGUGGAGCCCAUAGGCUGAUCUAUUUCAUAAAGUCUGUGCAUUUGGUUUUCACUUGGUAUUUAAACAUUUACAGUAUUUAAAUAAAGGUAAAAUAAAUUCU